AGUUCUAAAAGACGCUGUCCAUAAACAAACUGCUCACAUGACUGAUCCUUGGAAUUUUACUCAAGAGUUUAAUCAAAGUAAUUUGAAAUCAGAACAUUAAUAUAAAUCUAUCAAGGAAGAUGAUUGAAGAAGAAGAUUCGGAAAGGACAGCUUUAUUGACAGACCGAAACUAUAGAAUAGUAAAUCUUAGACAGAGCGAUAAUGGAACCAUGGGAACUUAUAAAACUUACAAAAGACGAUGGAUCAUAUUAUUUGUCCUUUUCUUAACCAGUUUAUCUAAUGCAAUGAUUUGGAUUUCGUAUUCACCUAUUGCUGAUAAAGCUGCAAAUUUUUAUAACGUUAGUGCUAAGUCGAUUAAUUGGUUUGCUCUAAUAUACAUGGUUAUUUGUAUUCCUUUUGGAUUUUGUGCAGCCUGGCUUUUGGAUACUCGGGGACUUCGCAUAACAUUGCUGUUGGCUGCCUAUUUAAAUGUACUUGGCAGUGGUCUACGUGUACUGGCAUCAUUCCUUCCCAAAGGAGAGUUUUCAAUAGCCAUAACGGGACAAGGAAUAGCUGCACUUGCUCAACCUCUUGCCGUCUUUGCUCCAACCAAAUUGUCAGCUCUAUGGUUCUCAGAACAUCAAAGAACACGAGCGAAUACCGUAGCUUCUAUGGCUAAUCCAGCUGGUGCAUUAUUAGGAAGUUUGAUAGCCCCAGUGAUUGUAUAUAAUAAUGACCGACAUUUGAUUGGUUACUUGAAUAUUGGUUGCCUUGGUUUAGCCGCUAUACCGGCUAUUCUAGGAACUUUUACAGUAUGCAGUUCUAUUCCACCAAGCCCUCCAUCAGCUUCAGCUGCCGAACCUUCUCAAACUUUUUUCAGAGGUCUUAAAAUGUUGAAAUCAAAUAAACCUUUCUGGUUGUUAUGUCUCUGUUUUGGUUCUGGUCUGGGAACAUUUACAGCUGUUUCAGCUCUUAUUGAACAAAUUCUUUGCCCUUGGGGAUACAAUAGCCUUUUCGCUGGAAUUUGUGGAGCAUUAUUAAUAGUGUUCGGCUUAAUCGGAUCAGCCAUCAUUGGUCAGAUUGUCGAUCGAACUAGAAAAUUCGAAGAGAUUGUAAAAAUUGGAUUUUCUUUCGCAUCGAUAGCAUUUCUGGCUUUCGUCGUUGUUCAUCAUUAUACUGAUAUAAAAGUUGCAGUUGGAGCUUGCAUUUCACUUUUCGGAUUGUUUGCGGUGUCUCUAUAUCCAGUUUGUAACGAAUUAGCCGUUGAAUGUACAUUCCCUGUUGCUGAGGGUACAAGUUCUGGUUUACUUUUUAUCGCUGGUCAAGUUAUUGGAGUUGUUAUGUUGCUUGUGAGUCAAGCCAUGGCUUCAGCGUCUCCUGUAUCAACGCCUUAUCAGCAGUGCGAAGCAGUUAGUCAAAAAUACGGGGUUGAACCAUACGAUUACACAUAUGCUCUGUUAUUCAUGGCUAUCAUCUUAUCACUAUGCACAUUAUCCUUGGUGAGCUUCUUUCGAUGUACCUAUAGAAGAUUGAAAGCAGAAGAAGAGCUGGCUGCCGAGAAUAUUCUUCAAUCAGCUGUUCAUCGCAAUUAGCUUUCGAUUAUCUAGAUAUCUGGAAAUAAAUAAUCUAGCUACCGAUUCACUUCCCAAAAUUUUAUAUAAUUCUCUUUUAUACAAGAAAAUUUUAUUGAUGUCUUUAAAUAUCUUUUCAUGUUUUUAAAGUGAAAUCUGUUUAUCUGCUAUUUUGCUUUUAUAUUUUAUACAUUUUAAAAGCGACGAUAAUAAUUAUACAUCAUUUUAUAGAGCGAAUACAGUUUGACAUCAAAUUG